GGCAGUGUUGUUUACGGCGUGAAGCAGAUCGUGCUCUGGUGAUUAAAAGCAAUUUGUAGUUUUUAAAAACGUUUUUAGGAGUUGUAUUACUUUGGUAGAAAUAUACAGAUGUUUCAAAACUAUAUGAGUAUUAUAUUUUAAUCAAUCUCAUGGAAAAUUUCAGAUUUUUUGUGAUUGUUAUUCAACCGAUUUAAGUAAAGUUGCGUAUUGGAAAUCACAACGUCUUCCUGUAAGCGUUAGCCAAGAUGGCGACAGAUCAAGUUUUUAUUCCUCCACCGUCGCUAUCAGCUAAAUUCGAAGGAUCUUUUGCGUAUCUGACGGUAAGAGACCGGCUGCCCACGAUCCUGACCAGAGUCAUCGAUACCAUUCAUCGAAACAAAAACAACUUCUUUGAGAAACAUGGGCAGGUGGGUGUGGAAGCAGAGAAAAGAGCCAUCUCCUUCCUCUCCAAGCUGAGGAACGAGCUGCAGACAGACAAACCCGUGCUGCCCCUGACCGAGUCUGGAGACGAUACAGAAGCGUGGAACCAGUACUUGCAGAGACAGCAGGACCUGAUGGAGGACGGGCAGCAGGUCAGCUGGUUCAAGUCACCCUGGCUCUAUGUGGAAUGCUACAUGUACAGGAGGAUUCAGGAGGCCUUGUGGCUCAGUCCUCCCAUCUGUGAUUUUGACGCCUUUAAGGAAGCAAAGACGCACAGCUUCUUCGAGUCCCAGCAAGCGAUCAUCUCGCUCUGUACGUACCUACGAGAGAUCCUCUCCACCACAGAUGCCACGAACAAGAAAUGGCUGCUGGAACAUUUCCUCAGGUUUCUACAGGUGUCCCUGUGGGGAAACCGGUGUGAUUUAUCCAUCUCGGCCGGCCUGGAGAACUCUCAGAAGACCAGCCCGAUGGAUUCUCUGUCUGAUCUGCAACACUUCGUCCUAGUGGACGAUUCGGAAAAGGUGUGGUCGGCGUUAACGUCGGGACGAGGUCCCGGAGGGACGGAGGAGACCGGCGUCCGAGUGGACGUCGUCCUAGACAACGCUGGCUUCGAGCUAGUCGCUGAUCUGGUGCUCGCAGAUUUUAUGGUGUCCGUCGGCUUGGCGAAGGAAGUGCGUUUCCACGGCAAGUCCAUCCCGUGGUUCGUCUCGGACGUCGGCGAGCGGGAUUUCGAUUGGACCGUGUCGCAAACCGCGGCGUCCAAUCACAAACACGUGUCGUCCUGCGGCGUCCAGUGGAAGCGCCACGUGAAGGACGGAGCGUGGUCGUAUCACGACCAUCGCUUCUGGACUCUACCGCACGAGUUCUGCGACAUGCCGGCGGACGCCGCGGAUCUCUACGCCACUCUACAGGGUUCGGAUUUGAUCCUGUUUAAAGGAGACCUGAACUACCGCCGGCUGACGGGAGACAGGACGUGGGAGCACACGGUGCCGUUCGAACGAGCACUCGGGGGCUUCCUGCCUGCUCCGUUGUGCAGCGUCAGGACUCUGAAGGCUAACGUGCAGGUCGGGUUAGAGCCGGGUCAGGCGGAGAAACUCGCCUCUAAGGACGCGGAGUGGAUGACCAGCGGCAAAUACGCAGUGAUUCAGUUCUGUGGUCCGGUUCAGCAGCAGCAGGGUUCUUAAAGGCGCCAAGAGGACGACCAUGCCAAAUAAUUUCUCUCUUAAUGUUGUGGUUUUUUUUGUUUAGUUUUUUCAAUCCUUAAUGCCAGAGUCUUAUCAGAUGGUCGACAGUUUUCUGAUAAAUGUCUUAAUAGUAGUGACUGGACUUACGUUUUUGUUGGAUUUAUUUUGAAAUAUUUGGCAGAGGAACGUCAAAAAUGCUUCCUUCAAGUAGAACGUUUGUCCAAGGAGAACGCCCACACCUAUUAGAUGUUCCGUUUAAGACGUGCGAAUGCAGACGACGUUACCUGACUAGAACACGGCGUGUUUAGGCUGCUUCGACGUGUUUACCAAUCAGAUCGCAAGUUGCAAGGCAAGACAGGGAAACCAUCAUGGAGGAAAACGUGACUUAAAAAUGUAAAAAAAAAAAGAAAAAACAUCCGUAAAUAAUAUCCGUGAUUUAGAAUUAGCGCGUCCCGAAUCGUAGCUAGCUCGAAACGAGCAUCCCGAAGGCCCCCGGAUAGUUUACCAUUUCCGCUUUUUUUUUUUUUUUUUUUUUUUCUUCAGCUAAUAUCGCACAUAAUACCUCCGUGCUCGAGGGGGGAGGAGUUUCGUGAAGUCUCAGUACUUGCUCGCUCUAUCGCUACACACUCGAAAGUAUCCGCUUUUUCUCCACGAGCGAAGUGCGUCGUGUGUCCGUAGGCGGAUCGAUAGCACGCAGGAACAAUCCAAAGCGUUCCUUUUACACGUAAAUGCUACGAGGUUGUUAUGGUUACGGUGUGUGUCGCAUGAGGCCCCCUAGCCGACGUUUAAAUAACUCCAGGUGUGAAUGCAGCCUUUCGGCAUCUCUUCGUUCAUCUCGGAGGUUUCCCGACGAGUCCCGUCACCUCGACUUACCACUGCGAGAUGUUUCUAGCCCGCAUGCCUGGCUGGAGUUUAUUUCGCGGUCAGUAUGCAUAUGCAUGUCGUCCAACAAAAAUAAGUGUCACGACGUUUGUGAUAUCCGCCCGAAACGAACCCGUGAACGAGCACGUGCUCUGUAUUUCUACGUCGCAGGGAAAACGAGUGAAGACGGGGAUUUAAUCGAUGCGGUUGAUCUAUGUGUAUACGCUACAUACAGCCUAGCUACUGCACGUCAAUUAUACAAAAGCUUUUCUUUUUUCUUUUUUUUGUCUUUUUUUUUUUUUAAUGAGUGACAUUCUUGUUUUUGAUGGAUGUUAAUUGAAAAGUGAGUUGUUCUUUGUGUUUAAAAGCACUGUAACGGAGCCACUCUCGCUUGGGAAAAGGACUGGAGGUACGAUGCGGUGAUGGAAUGGAGUAAGUCGAGCUGUUUAACAAACACGCACAUUAAAAUCCAAUGCUAUUUCA